UUCUAAACCCGUCAACAACAAGAAGCCCAUUAAACGGCUGUAGUAGACCGGCUGGCUUUCUUUGUUCUCUCCGGUCUCUUUUUUCUUUUCGUCCUUGCUGAUCUCUACACUACCUUCUCUUCCAUCCUCCUCACGUUGGGCAUUCCUCAAGCGCAUCCAUAUCAUACCCCGCCGGCCUUAACCGCCAGCGGUACACUCACUAACUAGAUCGGGGUGCCUAUCCAACUACAGCUCCUGUCGUCAACCUUUCCUGUGUUGAUCCAACCGUCCCCCAAUUUCCUACAAUUCUUCAGAUCUCUCUGCUGUUCCAGUUUCUCUCAAAGUUCUCUCGCAGUUACGGGCAAGAUGUCAUUAUGUCCCGAGGUCCGCGAAUCCUAUGUCAAGGUCAUUGACUCCAUCUUGGCCGCCAGUGAUCUGAACACCAUCUCAGAAAAGCGAAUCCGCAAGGGUCUUCAGGAGGCUGUCGGCUAUGACCUGACACCGCAAAAGGCGGUCAUCAAGGAGCUCAUCAUGGAGCGUUUCGAUAUCUUCGCCCAGAGGAAUGGUGUAGGAGAGUCUUCGGAGAAUGCUGCAACGACCUCUGAGACUACGAACGGACACAAAGCAAGCGAUGCCUCUAACCCCACCGCGGCACCAGCGUCUCCUACUUCGUCCACGUCCCAGAAGCGCCAAGCUGAUAGCGAAGACCCUUCCGAGAAUGGCACCAAGACGCCUCCAAAAAAGAAGAGAAAGGCAGACAUCGACGCUGACGCCCUGUAUGCUGCCAAGCUGCAAGCAGAGGAGAACCUGCGCGCCAGGCCGACUCGCGCUGGGAGCACAAGGAAGGCGGCCCCGAUCAAGAAGAAGAAGUCCAAAACUUCCAAGAGGGUCAAGGCAGAGGAUGAUUCCGAUGUGGAGUCUGGAUCUGAGGCAGGGACUAAGAAGGAGGUGAAUCGAUCGGGUGGUUUCCACAAACCUCUUACAUUAUCUCCAGCACUGUCGAAUUUGCUGGACGGUGAGGUGUCGCUUUCCCGGCCCCAGACAGUAAAGCGACUUUGGCAAUAUAUUCGUGAACGUGAUCUUCAGGACCCCAAUGAUCGCCGCCAGAUCCGCUGUGAUGAUGCUAUGCGAGCAGUAUUCAAACAAGAUCGGGUCCACAUGUUUACCAUGACCAAGAUCCUCAAUCAGAAUCUCUAUAACCCCGAUGAAUAAUACCUGACAGCAUCUUUGAAGAGCAUGACGCCGUGGUUGGGCGCAGACUUGGCUUUCUUAUUAUUUUUUUUUCUUUUCCUUCUUUUUUUCUUGCAUUGUCUAUCUCACCCUUAUGUCGCGCAGGACACGUGAACCUCUACACACAAUUAUUUUUGGCGUCAUAUUUCCUUUGUUUCUCCGGCUAUAUCUCUUAGCGAACGACGCUUGUACAAGCAUCAUAUCAUACUCUCUUUUUGUAUCUCCAGCGGGAGUUGGUGGCUUUGAUGGGGGGAUCCUGCGUGUGGUAUCCUGGACUGACUCUUUUGCCAUUCACGAGAAUUCCAUUACGCAAGAAUAAAGCGUACCUUUCUCUUAUCACAGUCCUGGAUUUGCCCAGCCUCACAUAACUAACUGCUGUAAUCCUAAGCUUAUAGUUCCUU